AUGGUUCGCAACAUCUGCCUGCUGGGUGGGAACUCCCACCCGCAGCUGACCGACAGUGUCUGCAACAUCCUCGGCAUCCCGCCGUGCAAUCGCAUCCUGAGCAAGUUCUCCGGAGGUGAGAGCCGCUGCGAGAUCAAGGACUCGGUCCGCGGCAAGGAUGUCUACAUUAUCCAAUCGGGCUCCGGCAGCGUCAACGACAACCUCAUGGAGCUAUGCAUCAUGAUUUCAGCGUGCAAGACCGGCUCUGCGAAACGUGUUACCGCCGUCGUCCCGCUCUUCCCAUACUCCCGACAACCCGACUUCCCCUACAACAAGUCUGGUGCGCCCUUGUCCGGCUCGUCCAACGGCCACGCGCAGAAGAAGGACUACACCUUUGAGAGCGUGCCGGCCACUCCCCGGCCAGGCGGCCCUCGCAGCAGUGGCCUGUUGAAUGGUGUCAACGGCCUUGCCGAGAAGCUGGCCAAGACAGCGACCGUGGACAGACAGCCCAAUGGCAACGAGCAACAUCCUCCCAAGCGCUCUGAUACUGCCUCGAGUCUCAGCUCCAACACGAGCCGACACCAGCCCGACGGCUCGCUCUCGUCGCAACCCAGCUUCACGACGCACGACUAUGAGAAGCCUGCCCACAGCGUUGGCUUCCAGGCGAAACCCGGCUACAAGCAGUGGGUGGCGCUGGCCGGCACGCUCGUCGCCGACCUCCUGACCUGCGCCGGUGCCGACCACAUCAUCACCAUGGAUCUCCACGACCCGCAGUACCAGGGCUUCUUCGACAUUCCCGUGGACAACCUGUACGGCAAGCCCCUGAUCCAGAACUAUAUCCAGCAGUACAUUCCCGACUAUCGAGACGCUGUGGUGGUCUCUCCCGACGCUGGAGGUGCCAAGCGAGCCUCGCUCAUCCGCGAUAGCUUGGACAUUGAUUUCGCUCUGAUUCACAAGGAACGACGUCCCAUCAAGUACACGGAGCAGCGCAACGCCAGCAUGAUGCUUGUCGGCGACGUGUCAGGCCGCGUGUGCAUCCUCGUCGACGAUCUCAUCGACACCGGCAACACCAUCACCCGUGCCGCCAAGCUUCUGAAGAAUGAGGGCGCCACCAAGGUCUACGCCCUCGUCACACACGGCGUCUUCAGCGGCGACUCCAUCCCCCGGAUCAAUGCCUCGUACAUUGACAAGAUCAUCGUCACCAACUCCGUGCCGCAGGAUGAGCACAAGAGGCUCUGUCCCAAACUCGAGGUGCUUGACAUUUCGGCCGUCUUCGCCGAGGCCAUCCGUCGUGUGCACCACGGCGAAUCCAUCAGCGUUCUUUUCCAGUACAACUGA